ACGUUCUGUAGUCGUGAGCCGAGCUCUAGUAUGGCGUCCGACUUCCGGUUCCGUGGGACGGAAGUGACGUGUUACGGCACGUCGAGCUAAGAGCAGAGGGCGAGAUGAGUCGUGUGUUGUGUGUUUCGGUUGCCGGGUCUUCCCGGGCGCUGAGGCUUGUGGGCUGGGCUUUGCGAAAUUUACAUCUACCUCCCAGUGACCCGGCUCGGGGCCAGCCUCCCGCCGAGCAGGAAGAAGACCCCAGCCGUCCCAUUCAGUUUUCCUCAAGCAAAGCCAACCCGUCUCGCUGGACGGUGAAGGACUCCUUUGGAAAGGGGCAGCAGCGGCCUUGGUGGAAAGUGCUGCCCCUCAGCUUCUCCAUUAUGGCUCUGAUCGUCUGGUGCUAUCUCAGAGAGGAGAGCGAAGCGGACCGGUGGUUGAGACAAGUGUUGGAAGAAGAACCGGAGCCCAGUGAUCGUCCUGAGGCGCCUGAAACUCCGGCUGUCUACGGGGCGAGAACUUAAUAGGGUGCGUGCUGGGGCUAGCAAGAAGGAAACAACCAGCCGCCCUUUGAAAUUAUUUGAUGUUGCUUUUGACGGUUUCUGUCCUGGCUCUGCGUGUGUCUUCGGCCCAAAAGGACUCAGUUCGUGCCCUUAGCGCUGACAAGCGUGAAGGCAGAGCAGAAUGUCAGCAAUUUGUAAUCUGCCCCUUGUCUGACACCAGUGUCCAAAAGACUUUUCAGAGCCACAUAAGUGACUUUGGUUGCACUGGAUGUUACUGAAUUUCUGAUGUCUUUGUACAGCCUAAUCAUGUUUCCAACGCAGUUCUGGUGACACUUGUAAUCCAGUGUUAAUUUGCAGAUCAUUUGCUUUCCAAGACAAUAACUGGUAGAAGUGUUAAACUUUAUAAUUACCACGUUCGGGAUAAAUAACAGUUGAUGUUUUCGAGAUGGAAUAACUGGCAGAAGUGUUAAACUUUAUAAUGUACUGUGUUGAGUAUAAAUAACAAUUGAUGUUAGUGUUGCACACUAACUGAAAAUAUAUUUUGAUAAGGUUGAACUAGGGUGAUUAUUUUCUUUUUCCAUUUUGUUAAAAAACUUUAAAAAAGUGGUGCCGCCACUUGUCUUGAAAGGGCAAGGUCCCAAGUUCAAUCCGUGGUACCAAAAAAAAGUAUUGUAGUAGGCUAGCAGCCUCAACUCUGUUUUCCUCCCUCUCCCUCCUCCCAAAUGAGAAUUUAGGAAACCUAAAUGUAAAUUGUGGUACACAAUCAAAUGGUACCAGAAAGAAGGAACUUACUCAGCUUUCUGCAAAGCCUUAGCAAGGCAACAAUUUGCUAAGUAAAAUAUACUGAUAGGUAUUUUUCAGGGCACUAGUUUGGAGCCAGGUGUGAGGUGUGAUGAUGCACACCUGUAAUCCCAGCUACUCUGGAAGAAGGCAAGAGGGAUGGCAAGUUUGAGGCUACCAGCCUAUGCAACUUCAGAGACUGUCUUUAAAAAAACCCAGAGUGGUUGCAGUUCCUGGGUUGAAUCUCCAGCACCCCUCUCCUAAAGGCACUAUUUGGGGUUAGCCUAAGUAAUGUCUUUUCUCAAGCAUUAAUGAAAAAACCUUGCAUCUAAUUCUGAAUUAAAUGUAAAAUGUAUGAAAGGAAACCUUUAUUAAGGUUCUAGGGGAAGUUCUUUUUUUUAAUGUGUUUGUGGUGCUGAAGGUAAUGAAUUUCUCUGAUGGAGAUAUUUGAAGAAAAGGAUUUUGUCUACUCACUAUCCUUUCACAAGAGACUCCACACAAAGUGCUCUAAUGGAUUGGCACCUUUGUAAGUUAUGAGAUAACUAGGUUGAAUACAAACAUCAGUGAGUA